AUGGAUAGUUCUCUCCGUCAUCGCGAAGAAUCCGACGAGAAAGGUCCGCACGGCGACGCCAAUGCCACCGAAGACGAUGUCCGCGAAAUCACCGGAUUUCGCUGGUUUCUGAUCUGUGCUGCCUUAUACCUCUCUGCUUUGAUGUAUGGUCUUGACACAACCAUCGCUGCGGAUGUACAAGGCGCCGUGAUUGAGAGAUUCGGUGAUGUGUCGCAACUCGCCUGGAUUGGAGCCGGCUUUCCGCUCGGCUCAGUUGCCGUGAUUCUCCCCUACGGGUUUCUCUACACUGUCAUGAACAUGAAGUGGCUUUACAUUGCCGGUAUCGUGCUGUUCCAGGGUGGUUCCGCUCUCUGUGGCGGCGCUCCGACCAUGAACGCCCUCAUCGUCGGUCGUGUAAUUGCAGGUGCUGGAGGUACAGGCAUCUACCUCGGUGGACUCAACCAUUUAUCCGCCAUGACCACUCGCAAAGAACGCGGUACAUACCUCACGGGGACCGGUUUUGUCUGGGGCGUAGGCGCCAUCCUCGGUCCCGUUGUGGGAGGCGGAUUCUCCGACUCUUCCGCCACCUGGCGCUGGGGCUUCUACCUGAACCUGGUCAUCGGCGCCAUCACGGCCCCGGUAUACCUCUUGUACCUCCCAGCCAUUCACCCCGGCGCCGACCAAUCCCUUCGCAAACGCUUAACACGUCUCGACUACCUGGGCUUCGUUCUCAGCGCCGCAAUGUGGGUGACCUUCGCACUUGGCUUCAUCUCCGCUGGGGGCAUCUGGGCGUGGGAUUCUGGCGCAGCCAUUGCCCUAAUAGUUCUCUUCGGAGUCCUCUUCAUCCUCUAUGCAUUGCAGCAAUACUUCUGCAUCUUUACAACACCCCAAACCCGCUCCUUCCCCGGUCACCUCCUCCGCUCCCGCACCCAAAUUCUCCUCUACUUCACAACGACCUGCGCCAACACCGCCAUGUUCUUCACAACCUUCUACAUCCCAAUCUACUUCCAAUUCACCCGCAACGACUCUUCCUUAAUGGCAGCUGUUCGCCUCCUCCCGUACCUCCUCGUGACCAUCACCAUCAACCUCGCCAUCGGCUGGCUCCUCCCAAAGGCCAGAUACUACAUGCCGCUGUGUCUCAUCUCGGGCAUCCUCCUUACCCUCGCUAGCGCCCUCUUUGUCGGAUAUCUCUCUCCUUCUACCCCUGCGGGACAGAUCUACGGCUUCACGAUUCUCAUGGCCGUUGGUACGGGCAUGACCAUGCAGCUGGGCUACGCGGUAGCUAGUCUCAAGGUACCUCCCGAGGAUAUCUUCAGCGCGAUCAAUUUACAGAACGUGGCGCAGAUCGGGGCGACGGUUAUUUGCCUCGUGGUGGCGAGUCAGGUGUUUCAGUCCACUGCAGUACAGAAUCUGAAUGCGGUGCUGGAUGGGAGGGGAUAUCGUGAGGCGGACAUUCGGAACGCGGUGGCCGGGGUGCAGAGUACGUUGUUGAAGAGCUUGAGUGGGGAAUUGAGGGAACGGGCUAUUAAAGCGAUUACGAAUGCGAUGGCGAGGGCAUUUAUUAUUCCGUUGGUUGCUGGGGCUGUUGGGGUGGUGAGUUCGUUGGGGAUGAGGAGGGAGAGGUUGUUUGGGUAG